AUGACUCGAGGCGAGAGCACGCAGACCAAGGUCCACUACAAGGGCUCCAUCGACGACUUCCUCGUCUUCGUCGAGGACGUGGACCAGUACAAGAAGUGGCGGAAGGGGGACACGUCCAUCCCCCUGGCGCAAUUCGUGUCGUCGUUUAAGAUCUUCCUUACCCACAGACAAGGCGCGCAGGGCACGUACGACGCGGCGCCCAAGAACGUGCUGUACUCGGAAUUCGGCACCGACGACGACGACGAAGUCAUCAAGAAGAUUCUCAAACACGGCGCCAUGCAGACCAUGGAGAUGCCCGGUCGACAGGGCGUUACCAACGAGAGCAUGAGCUCCAUGAAGACUCACUAA